AUGGCACUUUUCAAAUCGGACGAUCGUAGCAAAGUGUGCCUCGACGACAGACGGGCGAAUCAGCCCUACGAUGGACUGUUCAAAGGGUUGGGCGAUCGCAGCGGCACUGUCCCACAUCCACAUGUUCGUCCGAAUCCCGACCACAACAAAUCGACAGUCUGCCUUGGGGGAGAUGCUUCGGCAGAACGGUUUGCGUACGUCGAACAGCAGCGACAGCAGCCGCCCGUAGACCCGUCUUUCUACGUCGAACAGGUGACAACGGCUGCGAGGCAUGUAAACAAAAACAAGAGUUCGGUACAGUUUGGGGAUGACACCACUGGUCUUUCUAGCCUACACCAAGACCAGGUACUCGACCCACGUGUAGGCAGUCCACACACAAAACAAGGGAAAGUUGUCAACAGUGAGCACAACAAAUCAACUCUCAUUUUCGGAGACGCGACAGAUCAGGAGAGAUUCGAGUUUGCGGAAGAGCGCAGGGGGCAUCCGGUGCGGGGAAAGCAGGGCCAGGAGCAGUUGGUGUUCGCUGCAGUCGCUGAGGGAGCUAGUAAUCGCGAAACGUGCAGGAGCAGAAACAAGAGAAACCAGUCCACUCUUGUACUUGGCGGGGGGUGCGUGUCAGAUGAUGCACCCCGACGUUCUGUAGCCAAAGAAUUCGGAUUCAUGCCUAGCGCUCCGGAGAUGUUCGACGAAAUGCCCCGAUCGACAUACGUUAGAACCCCCGGCGCUGUGUCUGAGUAUGGGAAUUUCGACCAAAGCGAGUGA